UUCCCUCCUGCCACUCCUGAGAGCGCGCAAGACACGACAAAAGUCAAAGUUCUCCUCAGAGAGGGACAGCCCAAGCAGGAUCUAAUACUUUUUUGGAACUUUCCCACCCCUGAACUCAAGAAGAUUGCAUAUUUUCCACCCAAAAUUAGUCCGUGACCACAGCACGAUGUUCCCUUUUUGAGCUUUUUUUUUUUUUUUUUUUUGCUGCUGCGUGGAAGUAACGGUGCGGCGCGCAGGAAAAGGCUGCCUGGAAUGUUAGUGGACGGCGCAGGGCGGUUUUUAGUGGCAUAUUUGGAUGAAGUGCGCAACACCGGGGUGCUCGAACCCGGGACAUGUGGAAUAAAAACGGCGUCUAGAAGGAUGCUGCUGCUUGUACGAUGGAAGUGAAGAACUUUGCAGCUUUUUUGGCGGUGGUUUGUCUCCUUUUUUGCGUCGGCGCGAGCCAACAAUUGCGUCCUAAAGGCAGGAAUGUAUGCAAAGCAAGAGGGUCUCCAGGGCCGGUGUGCUGCAGUGGAUGGGCCCAGCUAGGAGAUGAAUGCCUCACACCUCUUUGCGAAGGCAACUUCACUUGCAAGGAAAACGAGGUGUGCGUCCGGCCUAACGAAUGUCGCUGCCGUCACGGAUACUUUGGAGCGAGCUGCGACACAAAGUGUCCCGCCCAGUUUUGGGGCCCAGAUUGUAAGGGGAAAUGCCAUUGUUACCCCAACGGCCAGUGCGACGACCUGACUGGCAAGUGCACGUGCAACCACAACCGCUGGGGGCCCAACUGCGAGAACGCGUGCAUGUGCCAGAAGGGCAAGUGCGACCAGGACACCGGCGUCUGCACUUGUCACCCGGGCGUCUGGGGCCCGCAGUGCAACAACAACUGCUACUGCAGCGCCAACUCGCUGUGCGACCCGAUGACCGGCCGCUGCCUGUGCAGUCCCGGCUGGACGGGGCGGAACUGCGCCAUCCAGUGCAACUGCAACAACUCGCCGUGCGAUCAGUUCACGCAGCGCUGCCAGUGCCGGGAGAGGAUGUGGGGGCCCCGGUGCGAGCGGUACUGCCAGUGCAUCCACGGAAAGUGCAACCCAGCCGAUGGCUCGUGCACCUGCACACCGGGGUACCGGGGGAAGUUCUGCAGGGAGCCAUGUCCGGCGGGCUUCUACGGGCAGAACUGCAGAAACAAGUGCGGACACUGCAAAGGCCAGCAGCCGUGCAAGGUGACGGAGGGACGCUGCGUCACGUGCGAGCGAGGCUGGAACGGGACGCGGUGCGACCAACUCUGCUCCAAAGGCUUCUUCGGCGAUAGCUGCCAGGAAGCGUGUCCCACCUGCAAGGACGGCCACCACUGCGACCCCAUCCAGGGCAAGUGCUCGCACUGCAACCCCGGCUGGAUCGGGGACAGGUGUGAGGUGCGCUGUCCCAACGGCACGUACGGCGAGAACUGCCAGAACAACUGCAGCCACUGUUUCAACGUCAACUGUCACGUUGUCACCGGAGAGUGCCUGUGUGACCAGGGUUUCUACGGAACCUACUGCAACAUUACCUGUCAACCCGGACAAUACGGAGUCAACUGCAACCAAACUUGCUCCUGCCACAACAAGAACUGCGACCCCGUGUCUGGUGCCUGCUAUCUUGAACCCAACCAACGGAUGGGUGUGAUCGCGGCAGGAACCCUGGUCUCCUUUCUGCUGAUCCUGCUGCUCUCGCUGCUGUGCUGCUGCUGCCUGUGUCGACACAAAGACCACCACAACAAAAAAGCCAAGCGCAUCCUGUGUGGACGAUUUAGCCGAAUCAGCACGAAACUUCCCCGUAUUCCGCUGAGGAGACAGAAACUGCCAAAAGUCGUCGUAGCCCAUCACGACCCCGAACACAACUUCAACUGCAGCUUCAUCGAGCCCCCGUCUGUGGCCGAGCAGCCCUCGCCGUCCUCCUGGUCCUCCCAGGAGUCCUUCUCCUCCUUUGAGAGCAACGACGACGGCCCCGUUUACUGCGUGCCCCACGAAGAAUCAGUGAGUGAAAGCAAGGACGUGCACAGCCCCAGUCCAGAAACAGACAAGCCAGAAGCUCCUAACGAUGAGGAAGCCGGAGAGCACACCUCCCUGAAAGACACCGGUGCCACCAAAACAGACGCCAGCGAUCCACCUGUGCUGAAGUCUUCAGAUAGUGAAAGCUCUACCAGCGGAUCAGAGUCUGCGACGGCAACCCUCUAUGCUCGCAUUGCUCGCCUCUCCAAGCAGUCCAGGGAGGAGGAGAGUAGCGCCAAGGACGGGGAGACAGCUACCUCAGAGUACAAACGCAACGGAAAACCACCGCCAUCUCCCGGAAAGCCUAAACCUCGACCACCGGACCCAUCAACCAAACCAAAGGUAUCUUGGAUCCACGGAAGCACGACAGGACCUCUCCAGCCGGACCAUCAAGGACAGGGUGGCUUGAAAGCGCUCCCCGUUCCAAAGAAGAAGAAAAGAAACUCCAGUGACGUAUCAGCCAAGAGUGAGGAGCAGCACAAAGUGAGAGGGAAGAGUUGUGAUCAGCAAAGGAAGCAGGAGGGUGACGUCGACGGAUCGCCCAACAAGCACAAUCAGCGAGGCAAGAAGUCUGGGGACGAGCACAGCAGUCCAAGUCAUAUGGAGCACAUUAACGGUGUGGUUCAGAACGCUCUCAGGAGGAUCAGCAACUUCCACAGCUCUUCGUCUGAGAAGAAGAGCGCCGACACUGCUAAGGAGAGCCCCAAAGAGCCCCCUAAGAGUCCCAAGCUCAUCCAUCCACAUAUGAACUCUGAGGCCGCCACACUCCUGGCCGCUCAGCUCAAGGAGAAAACCCAAAGCAUCAACAGGAACGAGGGGACGGGCCUGACCAAGACCAAUGGACUCUCGACACCCAAAGGAACGCGGGAGAAGCCCACACCCCCACAGAAAGCCAAGAGGACCACGUCCUCUGGCUUUAACCAGCAGGGAUCUACCAAACCCCUACUGCCCACCUCCAGCAGCCUCCAGAAAAUGGUGGCUCCUGUCACCACAGAUCAAGGGAUCCCCGAAACCAGGAGCCCGGGAAAGCAGGACUUGAACGGCUCUAAGGCAGGGGACCCAAUGGUGGAUGCCACACCGAAGAAGACUCCCAUUAAAAAGCCACCGAGGAAGAAAGGCAAGGAGGCUACUUUGGAUACGCCAGAAACCAAAACACCAAAGACAGCCAUCAUGCCACCACAGAUAGUCAAGUAAGUGCUCUUCCCGCACUAUUUGGCUGAGUCCGUACGGAAAAAGAGAAACAUCGAAUCAUUGGACUGUGUAUUAGUUAUGCUAUGAUCAAGAACUCUACGUCUCAUCAUCCGUCUCAAACCACAAAGCGUGACUUAUGCUGCAUUCGAGAGAACUGGGUUGUUCAGUCAGUCACACAGUUAGGGAGCCUAGACUGUGGUUCUUAGCCUUGUUUACCUUGAAUUUAAAUGGCAUUCAAUCGUUCGCAACUGGACCAUUCGUUGUUUCUUAGAAAGGUUUAACUUGUCAACAGGGUUAACUUUUAUAAGAAAGAAAAACGCUUACGGUCGAUUUUUCCAAGACAAACCGAACAGUCCUGAGAAUGCAAUGACCUGGAUGAUUGAGAACAUCCAUAGACACAUUUAAGACUGAGUACCACUGUGGGCAUUGCGGACCACAGCUUUUUUUGGUGGCCCUCUAGUUAAGAAACAGACCUUUAGACCACAGACCAAUGUGUCCAAACUUCAAUCGUUAAAGUGUGCCUGAAAAGUAUUUCAGUGCCCUACUCUUCGACCGUAAUAUCCAGGGGCACCGCUAGGAAUUUUGGGCCCCAUGAAAAGAAUCUUUACAGGGCCCCCAACAAAGUGUCAUUAUUUUUUCUGUAUUAUAAUUUCAUCAUCAUUAGGGGCCUCUCUGGGCCCCCCUCCAUCAUGGGCCCCUAGAAUCCGUCUUCUUUACCCCCCCUUUUCGGCGCCCCUGGUAAUAUCUGUCCUUAGAAACUGUCAGACCAGUAUGAGGCAUCCAGAGUUACCUACUGUAUCCCAGAGGUGAUUAGCCUUUGGUUAAAAAACACUGGCCUAGACUAAUGUCUAAACUAGUCCCAGUUUUACGGAAUGCAGCAUUCGUCGGACACAUCAGCUUGUUCAUGAAUACUCAGUGGUACUAAUUCCUCUGCUAGCUACAUUUACAGUAAAGGAUCCUGAGGUACUAUGAUAGCAUAAACAGCAACAAAAUUUGCAUUUUAACAUGACAACAGCAAGCAGAAAAUCAGUCUUGUUUUCUAUCCAGACAAUCCUGACCUAUAAAUGCAGAGAGCACACGGUUUCUGGUUAUGUAUUCAGUCUCAAUUGAUUUUAGUCAUAAAAACCAAGUUGGACCAGAAAAUAAUUUGUCGUGUCACUCUCAGGGUCUCAAAUCAACUAAUAAUUGCUGCGAUACCAAACUUUAUAUCGAUAUGAACUGUUUAUUUUCGCUCAUUUAAUUCAAACCUAACCUCAGCUCCGUGUUUUGUUUUGAAGACGUGUGUUGAAUAACGGAAACAAAAAACAUAGAUUGCUUUGGUAAUGCCGAAGUAACAAGCUGCUACUAAACGGUGGCGUGUAGAAGUGUGCCUCGACUGUGGAUCAGUUUAAGCCGAAUAAAAGUUUGUGUGUUAAAGUUGGAGUUACAGGUACUUAAACUGGAAUGUUUUUUCUAGAGGAAACAAUUCAUUGUUCAGGAAGGAUAGAUUUAUUGAAAGUGUUUUCUUUUUUUUUUUGAAAGGUACAAGUUUGUAUGUUACUUUUUGCAGCUUUUUAAAACGUAAAAAAAAAAAAAAACGUGUAUACAUUGUGUACUUUUUACUCAAUCUUUGUAAGCUGUGCUUAUAUGACCCUCUGUGAUUUUGUCUGUCAAUGAACUGGCUUUCAUGUUUCAUCUAUGUUACAGUGAGUAUUGGGGCCACACUGAAAAGGAAACAAAAAAAAAUCUGGAUAUUUUGAUGAUUUCUUUGAAGGGAAAAAAAGUUGUAAAAUUGUAUUUUAAAAGGAGACCUAUGAGGAUUUUUCUCUUUGGUGACUUAUCGUAUUUUUCGUACCAUAGGGAUUAUAAGGCGCGCUGCCGAUGAGCGGGUCUAUUCAGGUCUUUUUUCAUACAAAAGGCGCACCGGAUUAUAAAGCGCAUUAAAGGGGUCAUAUUAUUAUGAUUUUUUUCUAGAAAUAAAAGACUUCCUUGUGGUCAACAUAA